AUGAAGGUAGUUCGAUAUAUUCUGGAGGAUUAUUUCCAUGGGCUCAAGGACUCGAUUUUUGGAUUAAUGUUUAUUCGACGAAUCCUUGAAGAAGAUGCAAGAGAAUUGGUAGUGGAGCCUGCAGCGCCAAGAGAGAGGACAGUACUCGAAUUGAGGAGAGAAAAGCAAGGAAUAUUCAGAAGGCCACCUGAACCUCCAAAAAAGAAAGAUAGUAUUAAAAAGAAGCUUGGACAAAUCUAUGCCUUGAACAUCGGGUUUGUGAUUCUUUGGCAAGUUCUUGUAUUCCUUCUCGGAUUCCUGUUCGGUCUUUUUGGAAAAGAAGAAGUGGGAAAAACCAUUGGAUUCUUCACCAUUCUUCCAGUAUUCUUCAUCAUGAAAUUUAUUCUGAUGUUCUGGUUUGCCGAUGUUUCCGGUGCCUGUAUGAGAGCUCUAAACACACCACCUCCAAUUCAAGAAUCAAUGCAAAACAAUCACAUCGGUAGUUCAUCAAGUAUUCUUCUCGAUCCAAGCCAUCUUGUCUCAGAUCUUCCGAUGCCUCUCAUCACACCAUACAUUGUAUUCUUCCACGUGGCUAUUUAUAACUCAAUGUAUUGCUUCGAUUAUUUCUUCGACAGUUACAACUUUUCAUUCAACCGCAGAGCCAACUAUUUUGAAACUCGCUGGCCAUAUUUCCUUGGAUUCGGAACUCCCCUAACCAUUGCUUCUACCCUCGGGGGUUCGUGGUUUGCUAAUGGUGUCAUAUAUGCCCUUCUCGUGCCACUUUUCAUCAUCAGCAGUUAUAAGGUGAAUUGGGCCAGAAGAUACGAUGAGAAAAUUCCACACAUCGCAUUCUGCCGUAUAUCAUAUAUUUGCACCCAACGCUUCGCCGAGCUCUUCAAAUGGUGGUACACUACAGCACCGAUUCCACCGAGAACUACCGUCCAAACAGACCGACGCUAA